AGCGAGUCAUUGGCGUUGGUGUCGGAAGGGUCCAUCCGCCUGGGCCUGCUGGGACGUUGAGUGCGAGAGUGGUCCUUGGAGUCGCGGUGCUCAUGCCGUUUUUGGUCGAUGUGUCGGUGGUGUCGUCCUGGAUGUUGUCCUGGAUGUUGUCCGAGGCUUGGCUACUGGUCGCGGUCUUGCGUGGUGAUCAGGGGCAGAGGUGCUCGGCGCUAUAUUCACUGGAGAGGCGCUUGGUUGGGCCGUGGUCAUGGUUCCUGAGCCGGCGCUUCUGGCGGGGGACGGCGUCGGCGUCGGCAUGUGAAGCGCGUCGCGUGAAGCUGAGGCCGACGUGGUUGCGCAGUGGGCGAUUGGGGUCCUGUGAGGGCGGUAGCAUGCUCGCUGUCGAGGGCAUCGGACGAAGGUUUGGAGGCGCCGGGCUGCAGCCGAUUCCGACUGCAGCGAUCCCUGGUCGUGCGCGUGGCAGGCGCGGUCGCUCGCCGUUGAGGUCGGUGGUGACGUCGGCUGUCUCCUGGGGCGUCUGCAGUAGCGUUGGAACAUUGAAACGUUGAAACGUUGAAACAGAAGACGGCUGACUCAGGCACGGCGCUCCAGCACUGCGCACGCGUUGGG